CAUAUUAUCGCCAUAGAGUAUAGCACCAGAACAAAAUGGCGACCGCAGGAUAUAGUGAGAUCCCCGGUGUGUACAGUGAACAGCCCCGUACAAUGGCAAGCAUCCGGCGCACCAUAAGGAGCUAUCGGUAUUGUUUAGGAGCUACAGCCCUAACAGCAGUCGUGGUCACCCUGGCGAGCGUGAUCUCCGUCCUGAUUGGCCAGAGCAUCAGGGCGUCAGAAGCAAGCUCGGACGCCACGCCAGCCAAUCACAGCCUCACGAUCCUCAUGGCUUUGCCGUGGCCGCGCAGAGACAGCCCCUGGUACGUCCGCCGGUGGGAACGCAGUCAGACGAUGACCCCGGAUGACCCCCACAAGAGGAAAUUCGACCCCAAUGACCCCACGGAUCCGGACGACCCCGAGGGACCGGAAUGGACUAGCCCGGACAUGUCGACCUUCGGGAAUAACGACACUUGGAAUUGGAAUCGCAGGCCGUCGGAACUGCCGCACUGGUCGCCGGUGGAUGUGAGCGACUCCUUAGCGGCGGGUUCCUCUCAGCAAGCCAAGGCCGCCAAAAUAGAGGACGAGUUGGCCAAACGCAACCUGACCCUGGCCCACGGUUCAGCCUCCUACAAGCACCAGCAAGCCUUCAGGAAGACCCACCCGCUGGCGACCAAGAUGGCGAAGCAGGGGUACCUCAUGGACGAGGCCACGGCAGCUUUUAAGUCGAGGCUCAACAUGACCCGAGAAACGACCACGUUCGACUCCCAGUGGGUUGGCGACCUGUCCGAGUCUCCUUACUGCGACCAGACGCUCCUACGCCCGCAGCCGACCCCCUGUGACCCGGACUACCCGUACAGGUCAGCCGACGGGACCUGCAACAACCUGAAGAACCCUACGUGGGGGGCGGCCUUCACACAGUUCCGACGGGCGAUGCCUCCGGACUACGGGGACGGUGUGUCCUCUCUCCGCCUCGCUCGUGACGGCACCGACCUGCCCAGCGCUCGUCUCGUCACCAACGUCGUCCACACUAACCAGCUCGUUGAGUCCCGCUCGUACACCGUCCUCACCAUGAGCUGGGGGCAGUUCGUCGACCAUGAUAUCACGGCCACUGCUUUGUCUAAAGGCUCCAACAUGAUGGCGAUCCCUUGCUGCUCCGUCGAGGUCCUCGAGGAGCCGACCCUCCUCCACCCUCAGUGCGCCUCCAUCCCCGUGCCGCCCGAUGACCCCUUCUAUGCCGCCCACAACCUCACCUGCAGAUUUACGCGCUCCGCUCCGGCCUCCAGGUGCAAUUUCGGCCCCAGAGAGCAGAUAAACCAGCAGACAGCUUUCCUGGACGGUUCGGUGAUUUACGGGACGUCGGACGAACAGCUCGGGUCUCUUCGGAUUCACAAGGACGGCCUCUUGGACUCGCAGGUGACUCUGGACGGCCGAGAACUCCUCCCAGCAUCCAAGGACCCUGGCGAUGGGUGCAAUGUGGAGGAUCAGUUCAAAUACGAUCGCUAUUGUUUCAAGUCCGGCGACGCACGCGCAAACGAGCAGAUUCUCCUCACGACUCUGCACACGGUCUGGGCUCGACAACACAACCUGGUCGCGCUCAACCUCAAGGACUUAAAUCCGGAUUGGGAUGACGAGAGACUCUUCCAGGAAACCAGGAAGGUCGUGGUGGCGCAGAGCCAGCAUAUUCACGUAUCACGAGUAUUGCCCAGAUAUUAUGAGAAGUUAGAGCUAGUCCUCAGAGUAAAGGAACCACCACGUGGCGUCCAUAGCAAGAUCACCGGCCUCGCCAACGAAUUCGCUGCCGCUGCUUUCCGCUUCGGACACAGCCAGAAUCCAGGUUGGCUGACGAAUGUUUUGUUCUGUAGUUUUGAUGUGGUUUACAAGGUCUCGCACGAUGGCAAGCUGGUCAGAGAGAGGUGUCCAAGAGCGCUGCAGCCCUGUGACACCUAUUUCACUUCUCAGGUAUCCGGCAAGCUGUUCCAAGGCGACAAUCCUUACGGUUUAGAUCUGGUGUCUGUGAAUAUACAGCGAGGUCGAGAUCACGGCGUGGCAAGCUACACGAAAUGGAGAAUGUACUGCGGUCUCCCUCCUGUGGGGAACUUCAGCGAUCUGGCACAAGACAUGGAUGCUGGAGCCCUCGGCCGCAUCAAGAAAGUGUACAAGCAUGUGGACGACAUCGACUUCUACACGGGAGGCUUGGCAGAACGACCCAUCCAGGACGGGCUCGUGGGACCGACCUUCGCCUGUGUUAUCGCUGACCAGUUCCUCAGGCUGAAGAGAGGUGACCGCUUCUGGUAUGAGACCAACGAGAAACCGAUGGCUUUUGCGAAAGAACAACUUACGGAACUCCACAAAACCAGCCUGGCGCGCAUCCUCUGUGACAACAUCCCCGAGUUGGGGUCCAUCCAGCGCUGGCCACUCCGAAACUACGCCACAGGGAACCCGCGUCUCCCUUGCUCUUCCCAGUCGAUACCCAGGAUGGACCUCGGGGCGUGGGAAGAGGACGACCUGGACAAGAUCGAGCUGUUCAAGAUGGACUACAGGCCAAGAGGAUCGGCCGGCGGGAGAUAGGAAUUGGAUUCUGUUGGUUUGUUUCUCUUUUGUUUUUAGAGAGGUAUUUGAUUCCAUUCAUUUAUUUCACUGAUUUUUUUUUGAGGAGAUACAUUUGAUUCUACUCAUAGAUUUCACAUUUUUUAAGGGAUAUGAAUUGGAUGCUAUUCAUUUAGUUCACUUUUUUAGCUUAUUGUUUUUUAUUUUCAUCUUUCGUGUGUAAAUAUGUGUCUUCUUGAUAGUUUUUGUAUCUCAGUCUGCUGUAUUAAAUAGUGGUGGUGGAUGUUCGAGAUUAAUUUUUUUUUAAAUGUUGUAGUUUAGUUUUUUUAUUGUUCAAUUGUACUAGUGUUACUACUAGAACUAGUACCGGUUCGUCAGAUGUUCAUUAAAAGUAGAUAAAUCUUUGAGUGUUCCUUAAUUAUGAUUAGUGUUUUGUACUUCAAAAAUAAAAUAAGAAAACAAAGAAAAGAAAGUAAAAAAGUGAUCUUAUGCAACUUUAAUAUUCUCAUACCAAAGAUAUGAAACUUUUAUUCUUAUUUUUCUCAUUCUAAUUUUUCUUAGAUAUUAUUAAAAUCAGAUUAAGUUCCUAGUGAUAUCACUUCAUAUAAAGAAAGACAUUUGGGGCAUCAACUGAAUUUUGGUGCGAAUAUGCAUAUGGAUGUGUGUGCAUAUAUGUAUAUAUGUAUAUGCAUAUACAUAUAUAUGUAUAUAUAUAUGAAUGUGUUGUGUACUGUAAGUUUGUCUGCCUGUAUAUGUAUGCUUGCAUAUAUGUAUGUAUACAAUGUAUGUGUAUGUAUGUGUUUCUCUUGUCUGUUUGUCUAUACAUAAUUCAGCACAUACACAUACAUACUAUGGUUCUGUUAAUGUAAGCUGAUGCUCAUGAAAAUA